AUGGGAUUAAGAAAACUGUUGAGGGUCCUACAUCCCUCCGACAGAAAAGAGCGUUCGACCUCACCGUCGCUGUCACCGUCGCCGUCGCUCGCAGCAGCGGGCACCACUAACAGCGAUGCUAUAACGCCUGCGACUAGCACUCAUAGUAGCCCUGAUGCCAAUGUUACUACCGGGGACAGCACGCCCAGGGAUUUAUGGGAUGAAGCCUACAUUAUUCUUAGCAGAGAAGACCCGAAGCUGAAGCAGCGAUACGAAGAGAUUUUGUUGACUCAGGACGAACUAAAUGGCGAACCAAGCCAGAAUCAUUUAGCGCCUGCUGGUUCGUAUCAACGAGAAGAGCAGCUACGACAAAUAGCGAAGAGCAAAGUCGAAGAAAUCGAUUUGGCCAAAUGGCAACCCAAGAUUGGUAGCCACUCUGUGGAUAUCGGUGGCGGGUUUGACCAAGCUAUCAAGAUCGUGGUUGCAGCCAAGGAAUUUGUAUCGUCGGCUGUUAGCUCUGAGCCUCAUGCCGCAUUGGCGUGGGCUGGAGUGUGUAUUUUCUUGCCGCUUCUUUUAAGCCCGUCAGAGCAGAAUUCGGCUGCCCAUGAUGGCCUUGAGGCUAUUCCCCUUGCUGUGCGCAGAUUGAGGGUCAUGGAGAGACUUGUCAGGCGAGGAAAAUCUGAACUGACUCGGAGUAGCUAUCACUCUGAUAGCUUGGAACUUGUCAAAGACUUUGAAGAUACAGCUGUCGACCUGUAUAAGACAAUCCUUGAAUUCCAGAUCCGACUAGGGAGGCAGUAUUCAGAUAAUUGGGCAAGACGCUAUGGACGAGAUGUUUUCAAAGCCGAUGACUGGACGGGUCUGACUAGUCGGAUCAAGAGUCUUGAGGUAAGGUGCACCGAGAUCGCUCAGGAUUUGAGUCGCGAGCGGAUUGAGAGUGCUCUACAAAUCAGUGAGAACAACAUGCAACGCGGUCUGCAGGAGGUCCAGCAAGAGUUGAAGAAAACGACGCGUGGCAUUGAGCAACAGACUAUGAUGCAGUCUGCUUGGCGUCAGACUGACGAGGAGCGCAAGUGUGUACAACUGUUUCGACAAUCAAAUUCAUACGAGAAUCAGAAAGGCAGAACGGCAAAACGGGUUUUGGAAACGGGGAAAUGGUUUCUGGAGAACGACAAAUUCAUCGAUUGGCGAGAGAACGAAGGGCCUGAUCUUCUUUGGUUGUCUGCUAAGCCUGGUUCAGGCAAAUCUGUUUUAGCAAAGACAAUCAUUGAUGAAGGUUUAGCUACCUUGAGCCAUCAGAAACAGUCUGCUGUCUGUUAUUUCUUUUUCAAAGAUAUCUCCCCGUACCAGAGAAGUGCAGUAAGCGCCAUAUCUGCGAUCUUGCACCAACUUUUCUCGGCGUUCCCAUCUCUCGUGAAACAUGCUCUCAUGCCCUAUCAUUUAAAUGGAAAGGAACUACUCGGCUUGUUUGACGAGAUGUUUCGUAUCCUCUGUCAAGCAGCUACUGAUCCCACCGUCGGACAAGUUGUGUGCAUACUGGAUGCCCUCGACGAAUGCAGUGACGAGGAUCGAUUCCCUCUGAUUGGGGCGAUCACCAAUUUCUACCAUGAAGCAACCGAUUCUUUGAGCGAUGACGAUCAGCCCAAGUUGAAAUUUCUCCUAACUAGCCGUCCUUAUUCCCACAUCCAUGCCCAAUUCCAUGAUCUGAUGAAGGAGGCCCCUACAAUACACUUGUCCGGGGAUCAUGAAUCCGAAAGGAUCAAAGACGAGAUCGAUCUGGUCAUUGAUGUCAGCAUUCCAAAACUUGCUGCCGAAAGGGGAUUCGACGAAAGGGCAACAAAAUACCUUCUUGAAGAGUUGCACACAGUCGACAACAGAACGUAUCUAUGGCUGAGCCUGAUUAUGGACGAGAUUCGCCUUAGCGAGCGACCUGCCAAUAAGCGAGAACUGAAAAAGAUUAUCUCAGGCUUGCCGCGAAGUUUGAUCGAAGCUUACGAUAAAAUCCUAAAGAGAUGCCGCCACCCAGACCUCGCAAGACAGCUCCUGCAUAUUAUCCUGGCUGCCCGGGAGCCUUUGACAGUCGAUGACAUGAAAAUAGCCACUGCUCUUGCGAGUGACUUUGAAUAUCGCUCAUAUGACGAAAUUGGGAUCGAACGGUCAGACGCUUUCGAAAUGAGAAUAAAAAAUGCUUGUGGUCUUAUGGUGACCAUUGACGAUGGCUCUGUAUUUCUCAUCCACCAAACGGCCAAAGAGUUUUUGAUUGAGGAUGACGAUGCGACUCAACAUAGUGAAACUUGGAAACACAGUUUUAGUCCGCUGGAUUCGGAAAUCUUACUUGCAAAAAUCUGCAUGACUCUGCUUUCCUUCACUUAUUUUUCCGAAACCCCACUCACAAUAGAUGACGACGAUGAUGAACCUCGCAAGGGAGUUACUGAAUAUACCGAGAAUAAUGCAUUCCUAAAAUAUGCAUCAAUGAAUUGGAUGGAACACUCUGACAAAGGCGAACUUGAUAACAAUCCAAAAUGGAUGUCGUUGAUGUUGUCUCUGUGCAGCGUGGAUAAACCGGCAUUCAGGACAUGGUACACAAUUUACCGACAAUUGGGCGAAAACCAUUUCCCUUCAAAGACGACAAGCUUGAAUAUUGCCGCUCAUUUUAAUUUUUCGAAUGUGCUUGCUUCUCUUCUGGCCAGUGGCGAGAACCCAAACGAGCCUGAUGGAUACGGGGCAACACCCCUUGCACGCUCCGUGCGGCAAUCUAAAAGGGCCGUGGAGCUUCUUCUAGAUGCCAACGCAGACAUCAAUGCCUACGGAUGGGAGGAGCCGUGGCACGAUGAGGUCAACGACUCAGGCAGCGAAAUUGAAGUCAAGCCGUUUGCAGGUACCCCUCUGGUCAUGUCUGUAUUUGGCGGUGAUCCCGAUAUGGUCGAAUUUCUGAUCCAACGUGGAGCGGAGAUAAACUUUCCUCCGCAUAAUUCCCUAACGCCACUAUUUGCAGCAUAUAUCGUGUCCAUUGUCAAUGAUGAAUCAAAUGCAACAGAGGUUCUCCACCUCCUGCUUCGCUCUGGGGCGAAUGUUUGUUUCGAGAUGAAGCCUGAACAUACCUCGACAGGGAUGACAGUUCUUCACUAUGCAGCAAUGCAGAAUGAUCUAACGACAUUAUCAAUACUUCUUGGCUCGGAAACUGCAGAUGUCAACUUCCAGCUUCAGGAAUUACCAAGCAAUAAGCCAACCGAAGGCCAGUCGAGCGUUGAUGGGCGAAAGAUUUCAAGCAACAAGCGCACUUUAUCACAGGACAGCUCUGGUUCCGACAGUAGAAGAGGCACCAGUGUGUCCAGUUGGGAUGAGAAUUUAGAAGUAGGUAGUGAAGCUGACGACAACGCUCUUGUACCCGACAAUGAUUCAAGCGCUGGCUUCAAUAGUGAUGACCACCAAUCUGACUCAUCUACGUCAACCCACUCGUCACUGGGUGAAAGGUACAUGAUAGGGGCCACUCCCCUACACCUCGCAGCGAGAGGUGAAUUUGUGAAGAAUGUCAAGCUUCUUCUCGAGCAUGGAGCCGAUCCGCAUAUCAAGAAUGCUGAUGGGUAUACGGCCAUGGAUUUAGUUCUUGAACUGGUCGAGGACAGUGAUGAUGAGGCAGCAUGCACUUCUAAGAAAACGGAAAUCACAGAACUGUUGGAAAGAUAUAGUCACGUUUCCUCUGAUGGUGAAGAGUCCCUCCCAGGAGUUAGUUCGAUUGAUGGCUAA